AUGGCCAUCAAGGUUGCAAAUGUAUUCAAAAGCUGUGAUGCAGUUGAUGGCUUCAGGAAACACAGCUACGGUGUCUGGGAAGGAAUCGUGCAUCCUUCAGGAGUAUUGUAUUAUUUCGACGUCUCAAUGAAAACAUAUACAGGAAGCGAUGUGAAAAAAUACACGCCUAAUCAAUUGAACAAUCUUCAGAACUGGAUAAGGGCAGCCCGCAGGAGAUUGCAGGAAGAAACAUGGUAUAUGGUGGUAAAGCCUGUUACAAGAGAAGACAGAGACUACUACGAAUACUAUUGCGUGGUCCCGGAUGCCCGCACCAUUGCUUGGUUUGAGGAUUUUAACGCCGACCUUCUAUUCCAGGAAUGCGCCUUUGCGAGAGAGUGGAACCACAAGAGCAAGGCUCGAGCUGGAGGCACAAUUUUGCACAUUGAUUUCUUUCCAAGUCAUUAUAGUAUGCAACGCUCGGAUGCUACUGAGCUACGCGCACACUUAGAAUGGUAUCUGGCAGAGGGGUUGAUUCUGGAACAAUCGACUGCGGCAUCAUUGUUUUGGAGCACCGACCAAACGGAGAAAGUGAUCGCUCGCCUUAUUAGCUUUGAGAACCUUCUCAACUCCGAUGCAUCCUUGAAGGAACAAGGCGUCGCAUACUGUGGAAGGAUAUGGAAUAUUUUACGCCAUCACCAGUUUCUCAACUACUAUGGUUUUCCAGAAGCUCGUCUGAUGCGGACCCAUUCAAUUGAGGGAAGCAAACGAAACCGAAAUAUCCGGUUUUUAUCUUUGCUAUCGACAGCUGCUAUGUUUGGUGUUCCAGUGAUGGUAUUGGAGCAUGUUGAAAAACUUCACGUUGACGGUAUUGUCAAUCUGCUUGAUAUCAAGAAAUUCCUUGACCAUUUCAACGACGACAACAUAAAGCACAGCACUCUGGCGGGCGUUAUCAUGGCAGUAGAUGCUAGCAUACUUGCUAUUCCGAAUAUUGGUUCCCAAGUAACAACAAGAACACUAUGCUCUCUUUCACUUAUCCUUAGCGUCCACUGCAUCUUUGCGGGCGUUGUGGCACAACACUUUGGGCAGAAGAUGAAGUCUCUUCAAUUUGCCUCUCAUAACUUGCAAUACCACUUUACGAAGGUUGCUAUCAUCUAUAGCGCUCCUAGUUUGUUGCGAACGACAAGGUAUUUUCUCACUCUCACUUGA